AUGCCAUGGAUUCGGAUCAGUGAAAAUGACAGCCUUUCAGGCAACAACAUAACAUUCACUCCUGCAAAUGCACUGUUAAGUGAUUCGGCCGCUCUAGUUGUGGAAUUUGUACUAACGACAGCAGGAGCAAAAGGUGGGCAAUGGAGAGUUUCUAUAAAAACCAGCUCCGGUAGCUGUUUCACUCAGGCGAGAGCAGAGUCUCCAGUUCAUGUUAUCCCUGGAUUUACAUCGUCACUCGGCCAAGACUUCGUGAAAUCGGGACCUUUCUCAAAGCUAGGAACAAACUCAAGCGUUUUUGUCACGACUCGCGUGACAAACUCUUUUGACGCUAAUUAUGGAGUGACCACAAACUCACUGAGCAUUGCUGAAGCAGAUUUCUCUGCUCCCUGGAAUGACAAAAUCCUCCUUGGACAAUCCCUUCAUCCCAGAGAUCCAUCAGGAUGUGCUAGUCAAUUUAUCACCGAAGCAUUCACGUCACCACAAACAACUUACCAACGGUACAUUGUAAUGGGGACCGACGCUAACAACACAAAGUUCCAACGAACGUUUUUCUUCACACAGCCAACUUCUAGCGACUCAACUGCUCAGUGUGUCCACGGAAACAGAAAUGCGUACGGCGAAUGUGGCUGCGAUGCUCAUUAUAGCGGCGAUUACUGCAACGACAGGGUUAGUUAA